UUCUUAGAUAGAAAGUAUUCUAAAGUGGCUAGGGUCCAUGGUCUGGUUCUCAUGAGUUUAUUGGUUAUUUCGAGUUUGGUUAUGUUAGCCGAGAGUCGGGUUGCAAGGAAGGAUUUGGGGAUAGGUUUGGGUGUUGGGUUGGGAAUUGGUAUUGGUGGUGGCUCAGGCUCUGGUUCGGGUGCUGGUGCUGGGGCUGGUUCAGGCUCUCGGUCUAGUUCAUCAUCUAGCUCAAGCUCAUCAUCGAGUUCAAGCUCGGGUGGUUCAGGUGGUUCAGCUGGAUCAUCUGCUGGUUCGUUUGCAGGCUCUAGGGCUGGAUCGGGAUCCGGUAACUAAAUCCUAAAACUAUGUUAGUUCCAAACAUAAGUGUGAGAUUAAAUGUUUUUAUGUUUCUAAGACGUUGGUUUGUACUACACUUGUAGCUAAAAGUGGGUGGAUUGAAUAAGUUAUCCAUAUAAUUAGGUUAUGCUU